CUGCUGUGCCUGUAAACGUCGUGCUAAGGCCAAGUUAGUCGUGCUAUCGCCAGUCGCAGCUGCUUAUACAAGAUGAAGAUCGACUGGAGCAAAGUGGAACAGCCGGACUUCGUCCCAUUCCGCUUCGGGAGUCGGCGAUCCGUCGUAUAUGGAAGUAAAGGAGUUGUAGCGGCCUCGCAGCCUUUAGCCGUUGAAGCAGGGCUAGAAAUAUUGAGGAAAGGAGGAAAUGCAGCCGAUGCAGCGGUUGCCACCUCCGCCGCGCUUAACGUUACGGAGCCAAGCUGCUGUGGAAUCGGCGGAGACGCGUUCUGUUUGUUCUACGACGCGCAGACGAAGACCGUGAAGGCACUUAACGGUUCCGGUCGAUCGCCCGCUAAAUUGACUAUCGACCAUGUUCGAAGCCAAGGAGUGACUGGCCACAAGAUUCCUAGUACCAACCUCAACUCUGUGACUGUUCCAGGAGCUGCUGCUGCAUGGGUCGAUACCGUUGAGAAACUCGGCAGUGGACGACUGUCGGUCGCGGAGAUUCUCGAGCCCGCGAUCAGGCUAGCAGAGGAGGGCUUCCCGGUGACGGAGAUAAACAGUGCCGGGUACCAGAACGCAUACAAUCAGAUCAAGAAUGCCUCUCCAAACGGGGAUGAGAUGCUGUUGGACGGGAAGGCGCCGCUGCCAGGACAAUAUCUGAAGCUGCCCAACCUGGGGAAGACGUUCCGCGAGGUCGCGGAAAAGGGCAAGGAUGGCUUUUACAGGGGCCGCGUCGCGCAAGCUAUCGUGGACCUCAUUCAGAGCAAGGGUGGUGUCAUGUCUCUAGAAGACCUUGCGAAUCACAGCACCGAUUUUGUCGAGCCCAUCAAGUAUACCUUCAACGAGGAAGUUACCGUAUACGAGUGCCCGCCCAAUGGACAAGGUAUCACCGCAUUGCUCGCGCUGGGACUUUUGGACAAUCUCGAGGAGCAAGGGAAGAUCGGCUCCCUAUUGGAAAUGGAGCACAACUCUGCGGAAUACCUCCACAUCCUCGUCGAAUCUAUGCGCCUCGCGUUCGCGGAUAGCCAGUACUACGUGACCGACCCGGAAUUCUCGAAAAUCCCUGUCGAGCAGAUGCUCAGCAAGGAGUACCUCGCCUCCCGCGCGAAGUUGAUCGACCCCACCAAGACAAACCCCAAUGUCGUACACGGAAACCCGGUGCAUUCCUCUGACACCGUGUACUUCUCGGUCUCCGACCAGUGGGGCAACGCGUGCAGCUACAUCCAGAGCAACUACGCAGGCUUCGGCACGGCCGCCGUUCCGAAGGGCUGCGGAUUCACGCUGCAGAACCGCGGCUCGAACUUCACGCUGAACGCGGACCACCCGAAUGCGCUGCAGGGUGGGAAGCGGCCGUACCACACGAUCAUCCCCGCGAUGGCGCUGCGCGGGCAGGAGCUGUUCCUGAGCUACGGCGUCAUGGGCGGCUUUAUGCAGCCCCAAGGACACGUCCAGGUGCUCCUGAACCUACUACGCGGGUACACCGUGCAGGCCGCGCUCGACGCGCCGCGCUUCUGCAUCUCCGCGGGCAGCCCCGAGACAGAGAACGCGCAGAGCAGCGAGUCGGGCGACAUCAACAGCGAGGUGUACUUCGAGGAGGGCAUCUCCGACGCCGUCGUCGAGAAGCUGCGCGCGAUGGGCCACGACGCGCGCCAGGUGAGCGGCCUGAAGCGCAGCAUGUUCGGGCGCGGGCAGAUCAUCCAGAAGCUCACGGACAAAUCUGGCAAGACGGUCUGGGCGGCGGGGUCUGACCCGCGUGCGGAUGGGCAUGCGUCGGCGCAGAUUUGAGGUUGGGUAUAGGAAGUCAAAGGAAUGUGAGGUCGCGAGGAAAACAACGUAUAACAUAGGGUAUGUCUAGCUGUAGCUGCGGAUGUGUAAGUUACUGGAAGUCCUAGGAGAUACAAUGUACGCGAUAACAUAUAUACACGACGAUAUAUCGACUCGCCGAAAAGCCAAUGCUGUCCCAGUCCCACUAGAUCACCUGUAUGUGCACAUAGUGCUCGAAUUUUGCAAGCACAUUCCCCGUACUGUGCGAUGUCUACAUCCACCGCCCGCGCUGCCGUUCACUGCCCUGCAUGCUCUUGAUACGGUAGUCGCGUAGCUCUUUCGUGCCGUCCGGGGCGGUGAUGCGCCCCCAGCCGGCCAGCGGCACGAUGAGCGCGGUCAUGUUGUCGUCGCCGCCCAUGUCCUCCGCGAAGGUGAGGAUGCGCUCCGCGGCGUGUUUCGGACUCGGCGCGCCGCGUGCGAGGUCAGAGAUCUCGUCGUCGGACACGACGGAGGAGACGCCAUCGGAAAGAAGCGUGAUGUGCGACCACUUCCGUCCCUCGAGGAGCAUGCUCCGGACUUCGGGUUCUGGGGUCACACCGAAGGGUUUGAACUUCAGGUCACCUAGGCAUCGAGUGUUCGCCAGGGCACCCAUCCAUCGGACUUCCCCAAAGGAAUCUGUCGCUAGAGCACCAACCAUGCGUCGGAGACGCACAGACUCGACACGGGCCUCGGCGUGGUGAACUUCGGUCAUAGGGAUCACCGUUCCGUCGGUGCCUGUGAGCAACACUCGCGUGUCUCCUACGUGAGCGACAGUCAGUGCAACUUGCUCCGCUUGGAAAUAUCCGGAGGGGAACUUGUCAAGGGACUUCAGAAGGACGACCGAAGAGGUAGCGCCACAUUCCUUCGCUUCCCGCUCCUGAGAGAGAAUCUUGUCCACCUCGAAGAAUGCGAGCGUCGCGCGCGCUUCGAGAUCGAGCUCGCGCUGGAAGUCCGGCGAGUCUGGGUCGAUCCAGGGCGCGAGCACGCCUCCAUUGAAGCGUCUGAAGUAGCCGCCGAGCUCCUUCGUCCACGCGUACAGCUCGGGAAUCUGCUCCUUGUGCACACUCUCGAAGAGCCCAUGCAGCUCUUGACGCAGGAAUUGUGAGACGGUGGAGCCGCCGUGGCCGUCGUAUAUGCCGACGAAGAGUACCUGGCGGGCGAGGGCGGGCUGGAGUUCGGAGUAGUCCCAGUCGACGUGAUGCGCCUUCUUGAAGGAGAGCGCAAGCUCGGCAGGAUCGAGCGAGAGCGCCGAGUACGCGUAGAAGUCCUCUUGGUGACUUCGGUCGCCUCUGGAGCGCGCUACGCCGAUGAAGUUUGGAUUGUUAAGGGACAGACGGGCCGUCCCUCCUCCUGGGGUGCAGAUACGGAUAUAGUCAUGAUAAAGAGCGCGAGGGGGGCGUGUGAGGAGCGGAAGGGCGCGGCGCAGGGCGGACGAGGAGGAGAGCAGCGCCAUGGGAGGCUAUCGCUGCCGUGGUGCACAUCGAGCAACG